CUGUGAAUUCGCCGGCAUCUGAAGAUUUCCUGGGGCUGAACCUUAUUAUCCUGUGAUAUUCCAGGUGGGACCCUGACAAGAAACCAAGAUGGGGAAAAAACUGGAUCUUUCCAAGCUAACUGAUGAAGAGGCCAAGCACAUCUGGGAAGUCAUUCAGCGGGACUUUGAUCUGAGAAGAAAAGAAGAAGAAAGACUAGAGGGCUUGAAGGGCAAGAUUAAGAAGGAAAGCUCCAAGAGGGAGCUGCUGUCGGACUCUGCCCACCUGAACGAGACCCACUGUGCGCACUGCCUGCAGCCCUACCGGCUCCUGGUGAACAGCAGGAGGCAGUGCCUAGACUGCCACCUCUUCACCUGUAAGGGCUGUGGCAGCGCCCACCCCAGGGAGCAGGGCUGGCUGUGUGACCCCUGCCACCUGGCCCGGGUUGUGAAGGUUGGCUCGCUGGAGUGGUACUACAAGCAUGUACGGGCCCGCUUCAAGCGGUUCGGGAGUGCCAAGGUGGUCCGGUCCCUGUCUUGGAGGCUGCAGGCUGGAGAUGGGCCUGAGCAGACCCCUGGUGAGAAUGGUGGAGACAGUGAGCAGACAGAUGAGGACGAAGAUGUGGAUGCAGCAGGCAAGCCCCAGUCUGGCGGCAGCAAAAAGAAGCGCCUCCUUGCCAUCCACAACCUGAACCUGGAGGACGACUCAGAUGACUUCACCCAGUCCCGACAUCAUGCCCUGCACCUGUCCUCUGUCCUCACAGCUGUGGACGGCCCACAGCCCCUCGUCACCAUCGUGCACACGGACACCGACCUGGAAGAGGAGACCCUGAGGAGAAAGCUGGAGGAGAUGACCAGCAACGUCAGUGACCAAGGCACCUCAUCUGAGGAAGAGGAGGGCCAGGACACAUCAGCGGAGUCAAACAGGAGUGCCUCCAGUGGGGGCCUCCCAGGGGUGGCCCCAAAGGUGAGUGCAACCAGAAGACAGAGAGACAGAUGGGACACAGAGCUUCAAGGCCCCCAGGACCACGCCCCACCCACCAGGACCACAGACGAGGCGCUGUCAGAGCUGGAGGACAGAGUGGCUGUGGCGGCCUCCCAAGUCAAGCAGGCAGAGAGUGAGGUGUCUGAUAUCAAGUCCAGGAUUGCAGCCCUGCAGGCUGCAGGGCUCACAGUGAGGCCCUCUGGAAAGCCCCGGAAGAAGUCAAACAUCCCGGUAUUCCUUCCUCGACUUGGGAAAUUAGACCAGAGCCCCAAGGAUCCAAAUCCAGACCCUUCAAGUGAGGUCAAGGUCCUGGCUGUACCCCACCUUCUCAAGAGGAAGUUCAGUCACUCCCCUAAAAGUGCAGGUAAGAACAGCGACGAAGAACCCUUUGACAGAAAAUCAGCAUACCGUGGUUCCCUGACCCAGAGAAACCCCAACGGGAGGAAGGAGAAAGCCGACCACAUAUUUGCGAAGCCGGUGAUGGCCCACCAGCCUUGA